AAUGUCCAAUUUCCUCUCCUGGCAUGAAGCCGAUUCCUUGCCAGAAACGAACGAGAAGAAGGGGUGGGGUAGAAGAGAAGCCAGAGUCCCCCUUCUCCACAGUCCCCCCUUGCUCCCUGGCCCCCUUCCUCCCCCUGGGGAGUAGCCUCUGCCUUCCUGCAGCCUGGGGCUUUGCCCCUGGGGAAAGCCCAGAGCGGGCUAUUGAGAAACUGCUUCCCGACACCAGCCUGCCUCCAUCUGUUCACCCAGAGCAGGGGACAGUCCCGGGCACUGGGAGUUGGUAUUUGCCCCGAUAGUGGAUAGUGGCGAGAUAGGGAAAUGGAGGGUCCCACUGAGGGUGGUAGGGCGCCACCCAGGUGAGGCGUCUCGGUUGUAAACAGUCAUUACGGCCAGGAAUUUCUUUCUCGGCUGUGCUGUCAGAAGGGCAGACCUGAAAAACCUGCUGGGCCCGCCUCUGGGUGUGUGUGUGUGGGGGGGGUCCCCUCUGCAGCUCUCCUGCUGCGGCCCCAUCCCGCGACAGGACUCAGGGGCCGGGGGAGGUAGUUAGGGAAGGAACUGCUGGGACCCCCCUUCUCUGCACCUCCAGGUGGGGCUGGGGCAGUUCUGGACCCUAAGGCAAAGGUGCAGAGGGCAGGCAAGCGGAGGCAGGGGUUCGGGAGCUGGGUGUGGGGGUGUGGGGCGUUGACCCUGUGUCUAGCCUACCCGGUGACCCCAUGACUCAGGCCCUAGCUAUGUCCCCGAGGUCAGGCUGACAGGGUGGAGUCGGGGUUCCUGUCUAGACCCCGUGUUGACUUCCAGGAUGCCAUGAGCUCCCAGGGAAGGAAGGCUCAAGGCAGCCCAGCGUGGGAUGUGGGACCAAUCCUGGUGAAUGGGCCCACCGGGGAGGCGUUGAAGUUCCUGUUGGGGUGGAGCCCUGGGAGAGUUCCUCAGACUCAACCAGGGGCUGGAGAAGAAGGAGCUCCAGGAGGCUCGGGGCCCAAGAGGCUGAGCUGGGACCUCCAGGAAACCUCGCUGUGCUGGGCAAUGUCAGGCCUUGGAGGGUGGUCAUCUGCAGAGCACACGUUGCUGCCUGGGUGUGCAAAAAGGCUUUAGGGACUGACCCCUGCUACUGAGGUUGAGGACAGGGAACCACUGUUUUCUGGGAGCCGGUAGCAGGACUGGUGGCACCAUAUUAGCAGCUUGGCCGCCUCCUGCAGCAGGUUGAUGGGGAAGGGGCUCGAACCCACACCUCCUUGGCCACCUGGGUCUUCUUCACACCUGGCCGCCACAGCAAGCUGGGGAUUAAGAGGGGCGGGGACCUCCGUGGCCUCAUGAGGCCCUCCCAGUUGCCUGCCGCCAGCCCGAGCUCAGGCCAGGUGGUGGGAGGUGAUGUCACCUGGCUCCCCAGCUGGGGACCGAGCAGGAUGUGGGAGGGAAGGAGCAAACUCCAGAGGAGGGGACGAGGGCAGGGCUGGCAGCCAGCCAAGGCAGGCUCUGUGGUCAGCCAGGGUGUCUGGGGGCAGAGAAGGAAGUAGGAGGCAGGAGGCUUGUUAUCUGCAGCUGAGGACUUUGCUGCUCACUGUCCCAGCAGGGGUGACUCCGCUCUGCCUGGUUCGGGACCGGGACCGACUGGGGUGGGCAGAGGGGCUGGAGGGGUCCGGAGGCCUAGUGAACACUCUGCGGCACUGGGGCCGCAGGAUGGAAUCGGGACAGGUAGAGACCCACAGAUCUGGGCUAGAUCCCUAGCUUGGCUCUCUCACUUACGCGACAGCCAUUCAUUGAGUGCUCACUGCUCUCUCAGAAGUGUUCUGAGUGCCAGAGAUCCCGGGAAACCGGACAGGCAAGACUCCUGACUGCGGCCCAUGGGCCUCUGAGGAGGCGUCGUAAGUCCGCCCAGCUCCCCACGUGCUGUGCUUCCACUCAAUGGGAAGGGAGCCGAGGCCCUGUCCAGCGAUCAGCCACUGCCUCUCGACGGCACCAGGAUGGAAGUCAAAGGUCAGCUGAUCAGCUCUCCCACCUUCAGUGCCUCAGCUGCCCUGUUCGGAGAGGCUGCCCCCCAGGUGAAGUCAGAGCGUUUGCGGGGACUGCUUGACCGGCAGCGAGCCCUGCAGGAGGCCCUGAGCCUGAAACUUCAGGAGCUCCGCAAAGUGUGUCUCCAGGAGGCGGAGCUGACCGGCCAACUGCCCCCCGAGUGCCCGCUGGAGCCUGGGGAACGGCCUCAGCUGGUCCGCCGGCGGCCCCCUGCCGCCCGAGCCUACCCUGCAUCGCACCCCAACCCAGCACACCGCUCCUUGUGCCCUGCUGAGGAGCUGGCUCUCGAGGCCCUGGAGCGCGAGGUGUCCGUGCAGCAGCAGAUCGCGGCCGCCGCCCGCCGCCUGGCCUUGGCCCCGGAGCUGAGCGUCGAGCAGCGCCGGCGCCGGCGCCAGGUGCAGGCAGAUGCACUGCGGAGGCUGCACGAGCUGGAAGAACAGCUGGGGGACCUCCGGGCCCGCCUCGGCCUCCCGGGGCUCCCCCCGCCACAGCCCCUGGCCCUGGCCGCGGGGGCGGUCAUCACCGCCCAGGGAAUGUGCCUGGGCACGCGCCUCGCUCAGCUCAGCCAAGAGGACGUAGUUCUGCACUCGGAGAGCAGCUCCCUCUCAGAGUCUGGGGCCAGCCAUGAUAAUGAGGAGCCCCGUGGCUGCUUCCCUCUGGCCGAGCGCCCCUCACCACCCAAGGCCUGGGACCAGCUGCGGGCCGUAUCUGGGGGCAGCCCUGAGCGGCGAAUCCCAUGGAAACCACCCCCGUCAGAUCUUUAUGGGGAUCUGAAGAGCCGGCGGAACUCUGUGGCCAGCCCCACCAGCCCGACGCGCUCGCUGCCCAGGAGUGCCUCCAGUUUUGAGGGGCGAAGCGUGCCCGCCACCCCUGUCCUCACCCGGGGCGCUGGCCCCCAGCUCUGCAAACCCGAAGGCCUGCAUUCUCGCCAGUGGUCCGGCAGCCAGGACUCCCAGAUGGGCUUCCCCCGGGCAGAGCCUGCCUCCGACCGCGCCUCCCUCUUUGCAGCCCGCACCCGUCGCAGCAACAGCUCUGAGGCCCUGCUUGUGGACCGGGCGGCCGGUGGGGGAGCUGGCUCCCCGCCUGCGCCUCUGGCUCCGCCUGCCGCUGGCCCCCCGGUCUGCAAGAGCAGCGAGGUGCUGUACGAGCGCCCCCAACCAACCCCUGCCUUCUCCUCCCGCACAGCUGGCCCCCCAGACCCUCCCCGGGCUGCCCGGCCUAGCUCAGCUGCCCCUGCCUCCCGUGGGGCCCCCCGGCUCCCGCCCGUGUGCGGGGACUUCCUCUUGGACUAUUCCCUGGACCGGGGCCUGCCCCGCAGCGGCGGCGGCGGCGGCGGCGGCGGGCCAGGCUGGGGGGAGCUGCUGCCUGCAGCUGAGGUCCCAGGACCUCUCUCCCGCCGGGAUGGGCUCCUCACCGUGCUCCCAGGCCCACCACCCGUGUAUGCAGCUGACGGCAGCAGCCCCCUCCUCCGCAGCAAGGACCCCCACGCCCGUGCCGCCCGCACCAAGCCCUGCGGCCUGCCCCUGGAGGCCGCCGAGGGGCCGGACGUGCAUCCGAACCCUCUGCUGUGGAUGCCCCCGCCCACCCGUAUCCCCCCAGCCGGGGAGCGCAUCGGCCACAAGAACCUUGCCCUGGAGGGGCUGCGGGACUGGUACAUCCGCAACUCGGGACUGGCCGCCGGGCCGCAGCGGCGGCCUGUGGUCCCCCACGUGGGCCCACAGCACCCGCCCUUCCUUCAUGCCCGCUGCUAUGAGGUGGGCCAGGCGCUGUACGGGGCCCCCAGCCAGGCGCCGCUCCCGCACUCGAGGAGUUUCACGGCACCCCCUGUCUCCGGCAGAUACUACGCGGACUUCCUGUACCCCCCGGAGCUGAGCGCUCGUUUAAGUGACCUGACGCUAGAGGGGGAGCAGUCCUCCAGUUCUGACCCCCAGACCCCGGGGACGCUGGUCUGACCCCUUCUGAUAUGCCCCUUGUUGGCCUGGGCACGACUUUAAUCUGGGGGAGCGCACAGCUGACCUCGCUGAACCCUGGGGUGUGGUUGCUGUCAGUCCUGGGGGGUGCCGACCUGAUCUUCCAAGGCCCCUGGCUCCUCGUGGACCCACGAAGGUGUCUGACACCCUGCUUCCCCUUUCACACUGUGCUGGGAACUGGGACCCUCAGCCAGCUUAAAAGAGGGGCGAUGGUGUAACGGGGACUCCAGGCCCCUUCCUCCAUUUCUGUUUACACUUGUGAUUUAGGUCUUCACUGUCUUCCCCCAACACUAGACGUUUUAUAAAAGGGAAACUGUGAUCUCGUCCUGGUUGGGUUCAUUCCUGUCCCCAUGCCCAGCCCGUUCCAUUCAGGAAACCCCACCCCCCAAAAUAAACGGACCAUAUAGGGUCUCAGGGCCCUUUUCGGGGCAGCCAGGAGACUCUGGUGUGAACAGAACUCCCCGCCACCCCCCACCAGGCCAGUUCUUGGGGAGGUGGGCUCUCUGCCCACAUUUGGAAGGACUGAAGGCUGGGUAGGGGGCUUGGGUUCAUUUUCCUACCGCCAGGGGCACCCGAGGGAGCCCCAGCCCUUGUCUGCCUGUCUGUGCCCGCUGCCUCUGCCCGCAGGAUGAGAUGGCCCAGCCUCCACCCUGUCUAGCCCGGUCAGGCAGUUGGCCCUGCAGGAGGGCCCAAGGGCAGAGCCGCCGGGCAUGUUGCGUCCUGGGAUGCUGCGGUGGUGGAGCCUGGCAUCUGGUCGAUGCCAGUAAAAUCCUCAGGUGACGGUUGGCCAAAAGCUGCGUCACGUCUUCCUUGGCUUUCUUUCCACCCACCACUUUUUAAAACAAAUCUACACAAGCUGUGUUUUCUAUGAUACCUAUCUGUGACUUUCUGGAGCUGGGGGUCCCCCUACCUCCUUUACCUGGUGUUAAACUUUUCUUUUUCUACCAGUGGAUCUGGGCCCAAGACACUACCCACACUGGAAGGGGAUUUCUAUAAUAAAUGUGUAA